ACAAUAAAAGCCAAAUGCAUGUUUAAUGCGCAUUUGGUUGAAGGGGCAAAGUUGACGGAAAUGUGAACAGUCUGUUUUAACUCAGUUCUAAGGCAAAACGAAAACAAGCAGAAAAUUUUCAGUUAAAGUUGUUAUUGUUAUUGAUUUUCCCCAAGUCGAUCCGAAAUUGAGCGUAAAACCCAGCGAAUCAGCUGUUCGGCGGCUACGGCGACAACACAGCAAAACAAUUAUAUAUCCGCCGCAGCCGCAAAGGCAAAACAAAACAAAGUAAAACCGACGGCAACUGCGCCGCGAUAAAAUUGUUUGCCAAUAAGAAUCGGGCUUAGUGCGCGGCGGCAUCCGAAAGAUACAGGAACGUGGCUGCAGCUGCACCAGGAAGCCAUGGUUUUCUUCAAGUUCCUGAAGAGCAGGCUGUAACGUAUACAAAAGCAAAAGCAAAAGCAAAAGCACAACAGAUCAACGUAAACAUCGCGAAAAAGAUACGCCAACAAAGAUACGAGACACAAACCAACCAAAAACACCAAAAAGAUACAAAAACCCUCGAGAAAAAAACAAUGCGCGAAAUUCAGGCCUCCCAGUUCAUGACGAAAACAAAUCGCCUGGUGGUUCUGCGGCACGGCGAAAGCGACUUCAACAUAGAGAACAAAUUCUGCGGCUGGCACGAUGCUCCACUCAGCGAUUUCGGCGUGCAGGAGGCUCUCACAGUGGCUAUUCCCGCUCUCGAGCAGUCGCAGCUGGAGUUCGACGUGGUCUACUCGUCCGUGCUGAGCAGAUCCCGGCAAACGGCCGAGCUGAUCCUCAGCAAGCUGAACUGCGCCUACGUGCCCAUCAAGGAGGACUGGCGGCUGUGCGAGCGCCACUACGGCAACCUGACGGGCUUCAACAAGCGGAAGAUCGCCGACCGCUACGGGGAGGCGCAGGUGCAGGCCUGGAGGCGGGGCUACGACUGCGUACCGCCGCCCAUCGAGGAGAGCAACCGCUACUACUACACCAUCUGCAGCAACCCCAUCUUCGACGAGGUGCCCCCCGGGCAGUUCCCCCUCGCGGAGUCCCUCCACAUGUGCGUCGACCGGGUGGAGCCCGUCUGGAAGGAGGUCAAGCGGGAGGUGCUCCAGGGGUCGCGGGUCCUCAUGUGCGUCCACGGGACCGUGGCCCGUGCCCUCGUCCAGCACAUCGAGGGAAUCUCCAAUGACGACAUCGAAAAGGUGAACAUUCCGAAUUGCGUGCCGCGAGUCUACGAGUUCGAUCUGAAUACCGGAGGCUUGAUUGGCUCCGCCAUUAACCUGGGGGAUCAGGAAUAUAUCAGGCGGAAAACAGCCCAAGUAGCAGCCAUCGGCGACUGAUUUUACUCUCCUUUUGUGGGACUUACACCAAUAUUUCCUGGCAAACUUUACUGCCUUUGCGUCUUGAAGUGCGAGGAUCGUCUGUUAAGAAUAGUCUAACUAUUAUUUAUUUGUCUACCCCAUCUGAUAUUUUCGGCCAAAAAUAUACAAUUUAUACACAAUAAAGAUGAUGGAGCUGAUUAUACAAAUACAA